AGAGCUCAGUGUUAUAAAGCACCAUUACAGGGACACGAACAUACGCACAAUGAGGAACUUCACCUUGAUAACAGUUUUACUUCUCUGCUGCCUCAGCUGGAUCUCUGUCUCAGGUUCAGAGUUUCACACUGUGGAGGUUCAGCCUGGUGAAGAUGUCACAAUGCUGUGCUCCAACUUUUCCAGUGUUCCCACUCAGACAACCUGGUACAAACUGGUCAAAAGUUCACAGCCUCACUGUGUCUCCUCUAUGUUCAGUUCUACUGACUCUGCUUCACACUGUGAUGGAUUUAAAAGUGGAAAAUUUGAAAUGAGCUCCAACAACUCUUCUGUCUUUCUCAAAAUCAAACAAGUGGAUUUAUCUGACUCUGGACUGUAUUUCUGUGGAUUUUACAUUACCAAAAACCUGGUUAUUGUCGAUGCAACGUUUUUAGAGGUUCAAGAAGUGUUGGAUGGAAUAAUGAAGCCGAUGAGUGUGAUCCUGGGCGGUCUGACUGUUUUCCUUGUUCUGGUCGUCAUCUGUCUGACUGUUAAAAUCAAAAAGCUUCAGAAAGCUCAUAUUGGAGAACAGAAUCCACAACAGACAGAGAGUCCGGUCUCAGCUGAACUGAACUAUGCAGCGGUGACUUUUCUUCCAAAACCACAAAGAAACCACAGGCCUGAUUCAGAAGUAACAGUGGAGACAAAUGCUAUUUAUUCAGCCCCCAGAUUCACUCAGGAAGCACCUGGAACAGCAGCAGUGUGAUUGGCGGGUGCACCAACAUUGUCAAAAAGUCUGACUUUAUCACAGAGAUCCAUGUAAAAUGUACAACAUUCUUACUCAUGCUGAUUUUUGAUCCUAUUUCAUACUUGCUCUCCAUGUCAGUCUGACAGCAGAGGAAUUAGAUAGAUUAGAUAUUCCUUUAUUUGUCCCACAAUGGGGAAAAGAUGACUGUCUACAUUAUCUUAUAGCAAUUUAGAUGGAGGUCUGCAAAAUCUAACAACCAAACAAAAUACAGCUAAAUUAAAUACUCAGGACCUACUAACUAGCUAAACAUCCGCAGCACAUCACUUGUUUGACAGGAAGAGAUGGCACAGUGCGGUUUGAACACAACUGAGGGGAAAGUCAUGAGGGCUGUUUGAUCAAAGCUCUGCAAGAGUAAAAUCAGAAAAGAAGCAGAGAACAUUGGUUUACUGGCAUCUGUCACACAAAUAUCAGCUUCUACACACUGUAUGUAGCAUUGGAAAGACAGACGGACACUAUGGUACUGGGGAGGUAUCUGCACAGCCUCAUGAAAAACCAUCCACUCCACAGGCUGAAUGGGUUUAAGACAGAUCACAGCAGAACCACAGCAGCUACAGCUCCCAUCCAUCUCCUCUUAGGACCAAAACCAUUAUAUGUAAACAUUUGGUGUCUAAAUUAUACAGAUUUUCUGUCAAAAUACACAUUAUUAAAUGACAGAAGAAAGUGUGACAGGGGAUUCCAUACAUGUUGGAAUAGGUUGAAAAAACAAAUGGGAUGUUACAUUACCAUCAGCAUCACAAGUAUAAUAUUAGAAGUUACAUUUUUUAAGUCUAAAUGAAGCCUUAAUAUUUAGUUCCCUCCUUCGGUUGUGCUGACGGUCCUGAUUCAGUGUAUAGAGUAAAAUUCUGAUCUGAUCCGUGUUACAACUGCAAGACUACAGAGUGCUUUGCAUUCACUGAAAAACUCAGAAUAACUGGAGCUAAAGAAUAACUUAACAUAGAUUGUGUUUGAUCACACCAACAACAGGAUAAGCAUCAAACACUCUUCAAAGGCCGUUACAGAGCUUUAAAUAGCCACUGCAGUGGUUCAACAAUCUUAACAGCGAUAACAGCUUUACUCCUCUGCAGCCUCAGUAAGUACUGCUAUUGAAUUACUGUGCUGUCUAACUUUGUAACAAUCUGCUGCAUUUGGUAAUAAACAGCAUGAACUCAACAUGCAACACAUUUCUCUGUGUUUUGUAAUAAAUUGUUCCACGUAACCAGCCUAAAUGAAUGUCUUCAUACAUUUUAUAUUUUUAACAAUCAACCUAGAUUGAACUUUAAAAAACCCAAAUAAAAAAGACUCCUGUGACCUCCUA